CGGAGUAAAACAGUCUUCAUCGCAGCCGUCAUCUCCUUUGAUAGGAGAUGCCAUACAUAGACUUCCGGUGGUCACAUACGUUAGUAACCGGCCGUUUCCACACCAAUAGGCGGCGCGUGCGAAGGAAUGGGCGAGAUAGGGACGCGGCCUACUGGAGCCUUAGGCUCUUCGGCAGAAGAAAACCGCCAUGGUCCCAUAUCGAAUCCAACUGCUCUGGAAGAGUGGAAGGCUGCUCCUUCCCCAAUCCACAUACAUGCGGGUAAUUGUUAAGUGUGAGGUGAAUCUCUGUUAUCAUGGAAUCAAGCUUUUGAAGUGUCAAAUCAAUUUUGUGAACUCAUAAAAUUGAGGGCGGAGUUGCAGAGCUGCUAUUAAAAUGGAGGUUUGAUUUAUUUGUAUGAGCAUUUCCUGUGAUUGGAAUAAACACAAAACUAUUAGGGAAAGGAAAUGGCGGAGAGCCCGAGACUGGUAAACCUUUUCCCAAAUUUGAUUACGUUUCGAGUAAAACUACCAACAUUUCCGAAUUCCGAGGCUGGAGCUCUUCGUCACCAUACGUUACAUCCGUUACUAAUUACGGAUAAUAUUAUAUUAUUUUCUUCUAAUUAGCCGUGGAACAGUGGAAGAAACGUAUCAACGUGUCAACCUGGGGGAGCAUAAGCAUUGCAGCAGGUGACGAAUCUACCUAUAAAAGUAGCAGCAGCGGUGGUCUUCUGGAGUAGGAACUCUUGAGAAUCUGAACAUUAGAAAAUGGACGGAGUAUCUGCUGUUGCUGCAAUGGGGACUCCGGCGAGUUUGGUUUCCAGAUUGGUUGUGACUGUUUGCUCCAUUGCCUCUCUGCUCAUCAUCUGCUAUACCUCUCAGUCCGAUGACUCCUACGAGUCCUAUUCCUUCUGGCUUUUGGUUAGUGUAAUGGCAUUGCUAAUACCAUGGAGUUUGGCAACGGCCGUUGCAGAUUGCUACUUCAUCUUCGUUCUCAGAAAUCAAACCCGGCAUCCUGGGUUAACUCGUGCUGUUAUCGCAACAGAUUGGGUAGAGCCCAUACUUAUUUAUGUUUUUCUACCAUGUGUAUUCUUUUCUCUGGAUAAAGUUAUAUUUGAAGUAUUUUUCUAUAUUCUUCCAUAAUGACAACAGAUGUUUGCGUUCUUUUCUUUCGCCGCAUCCUCGGCCACUGCUAGUACAGCAGAUUUCCUGUUCCCUGCCUGUGGGAUCACAGCAUGCCACCAUUAUCAGAUAGGGGCUGCAGCAGGCUUCUUAUGCUAUGUACUUCUGUAUGGUUGCUCUCUAUUCAAUCUAUGGAUCCUUCCGUGGCUAUAAUGAUGAGUUUUACUUUUUACUGAAUGACAGACUUUAGACUCAAAUUAUAUACCUAUUUAUAACUAAUUUUCGAUUUUAAAUGUAAUCAUUUAAAGCAUUACUGGUUUAGUAUAUUUGUAGCAGUUGUUAGAUAGUGUUAUCUUUUUGGAAUGAUUUUCCCCUUUUUGUGUGCCUGGUUUAAUUUGUAAACUUGAUUAAGCGCAUCCCAAUUUGGACAUUUCACAAAGAAA